AUGAUGCGAACAAUAAUGAGAGAACUAGUGCGGGGCGACGUUGCUGCUGGGGGAAGCGCAGGCGUGGACGCGGCGAGUUGGGGCCGCAAGCUGCUGGAAGCGAGCGGCGGUGACCUGGACGUGGGUGGCGAGGAGGAGGAGGCUGGGGAGGCGACGGACGGGCUGGACGAGGCGGUGCGGGUGCUGCUGACGUGGAAGCAGAUCAAGAACGCGGCGAAUCAGGCGGCGAAGAGCGAGGCGGGGCAGAAGGCGGGAGGGUUGGUGAAGAAUGUGGUGAAGAAGGGCGGCAAGGAGGCGCUCACGGCUGCAGUCAACGCGUUCCGCAGCGGCAAGGGCGCCAAGGGUGCCCUGCAGGCGGGCGCUGGCUCGUUCGUCAACACCGCGAAAACGAUGAUUUAA